GCCGUAUCCGUUUUUGUUUUUUAUUUAUUUACUCGGAUGUGAUAUUCUGAUUACGCACUAGUGCGAUAUUCUUGCACGUUCUCCGCGCCGAUCUCAGUGGAAACCAGUCGAACAUAAUCCGUUUUUUCCGUGCCCGUUGACGAUAUCGCCUCCGCUUCCAAAACCACCCGCCGUCCACACGCACCGCAGUUUAAUCGUAAGUACGUUGUCCGCCGCUCAACGGCCAUCAGCUACCUGGGCAGUACGCAUGUUAAUAGUCCGUACUUAACCUUAAAUGUCGUGUGUGCGUUGCUCGAGGUGCCGUUACCCAUAGCCGUCGAUCAUGUCCAACACACACAGAAUGCGGUACAAAAACGAAGGCGUUGACUCGAAAGAGUUGCGUCGCAGGCGUGAAGAAGAAGGCAUACAGUUGCGCAAGCAGAAACGAGACAUUCAGCUGUUCAAAAGGCGCAACAUCAACGAGACUAUUCAGAACGAUGACCCUGAUGUGGUUUUACCUAGUACUGCGACUGAUUGGUCCAACAUAAAUGAAGAACUGCUUAAACAUUUGUAUAGCAUUAAUGAAGAAGAUCAAUUAAAAGCAACUCAAAAGUUUAGGAAAUUAUUGUCAUCUGAACCUAAUCCUCCUAUUGAUGCAGUUAUUAGUACUGGUGUUAUUCCACGAUUUGUUGAGUUUUUGAAAAAUACAACCAAUAGCCAUUUACAGUUUGAAGCUGCAUGGGCCUUGACAAAUAUUGCUUCUGGAACAUCAGAACAGACACGAAAGGUAAUGGAAGCUGAUGCCGUACCGGUAUUCAUAUACUUGCUUGAAUCACCACAUGAAGAUGUACAAGAACAAGCAGUUUGGGCUCUGGGAAAUAUUGCUGGAGAUUCUCCUAUGUGUCGUGAUUACGUUUUGAACAUGGGCAUAAUGAAGCCAUUAUUAAAACUUCUAAAUAGUUGUUCACGUCUUUCAAUGACUCGUAAUUCUGUAUGGGCUGUAUCUAAUUUGUGUCGAGGAAAAGUGCCCCCGCCUGAUUUCACUAUGGUUUCACCAGCUUUACCAGUUUUAUCCGAACUGUUGAGUCACAAUGAUCCAGAUGUACUGGCAGAUACUUGUUGGGCUUUGUCAUACUUAUCAGAUGGUCCAAAUGAAAAAAUUCAAGCAGUUAUUGAUGCUAAAGUUUGUCCAACUUUAGUUGAAUUACUUAUGCACACACAAAAUAAUGUUGUCUCCGCCGCUCUGCGAGCCGUUGGUAAUAUAGUAACUGGUGAUGAUCUUCAAACACAAGUUGUUCUAAAUUGUUCAGUCUUACCUUGCUUACUAAGCUUGUUGGGAUCUCCAAAAGAAACUAUUCGUAAAGAGGCCUGUUGGACUAUUUCUAAUAUUACUGCUGGAAAUAAAAACCAAAUACAAGCUGUUUUGAAUGAAAAUAUAUUCCCUGCACUCAUACAUAUUAUGGCCUCAGCUGAGUUUAAGACAAGAAAAGAAGCUGCAUGGGCAAUAACAAAUGCUACUUCUGGGGGAACACAAGAACAAAUUCAACAUUUAGUCGAGCAAAAAUGUAUUCCUCCAUUGUGUGAUCUCCUGACAGUGACAGAUGUAAAAAUUAUCCAGGUGGCUUUGAAUGGUCUAGAAAACAUUCUUAAGUUAGGUGAACAAUUAGCUAGACAAACUGGUGCUGUUAAUCAGUAUGCUGUCCUGUUAGAAGAAUGCUAUGGUCUUGACAAAAUAGAGUUUCUACAGUCACAUGAAAACAUUGAAAUUUAUCAGAAAGCUUUUGGAAUUAUUGAACGUUAUUUUGGUUCUGACGAAGACGAUCCACGUGUUGCGCCAUCUGUACAAGAAACUGAACAAGGAAUUGAACAGUAUGAUUUUAGGGAUCAAAGUGUCCCCAUGGCUAGAUUCCAAUUCUAAGAACUGUUACAGGAAAUAUGAUUUGAUUUUUUCAAUUGUUUUGUUCAUGAUUCUUAUUUGCACAUACAUUUUUAGAAACCAAAAGAGACAUUCUCUAUCCUUUAAAGAACUUGUGACUGAUUACAUUCAACUACUGGCAUAUUUCUGAAGAUUACGAAAUAUUAUUUAAACGACAUUAAUAAAUUGGUUUAUUUCGACUAGUGUUUUUACA